CUGGCCCCGUCGUUUAUUUGCUGGUCCUCUCCCUCCACACAUUGCGCAGUGUCGGCUGGUGUAUGUUGCGCACACACACACACAGACGCAGACGACGACUCCUGUGAUAUUGGUGAUAUUUAGAUCCUUGCACAAGAUCUGCCCGGUGGAGGGGUGGGGGGGACGACGGAAGGACGGCGCUGGGAUACUGAAGAAUUGCAUUGGGCGUAGCAGAACCCCACUCACCGGCACCUGCCAAGAGGAAGUUGGCAUUCGCCCAAUCUGAAAAAAAAUUCCGGGGGGUUUUGUUCGUGGGCGGCGGCGGCAUCUGAGCCGUGUCCACCGUUCAUCCGGGCAGCUUCGGGAAUUCUCCUGCCAUGGGGGGCCUUCGUGUGCGCUCCCGCAUCCCAACAGGAGCAGCCUGGCUUCUGAUGUUCGUCGUCGUCAUGCUAGCCAAGAUGCCACGUUUAGCUGCACAGACUACAACAAGCAUAAGCCACGCGACUGAGUCAAAUACUGUGCAGUCUACAGCAGCAUCAAAUCUGUCAACAUCCAUGACAGAUACAAAUAUUAUUGCUCCUAGCACAACUGCAUUUGCAACCACACCCAUACAGCAAACAUCUCCUUCCAACACUGGGACACACACCCAACAAGUUGUGGCAACAUCAUCAUCAAGUUUAGAUCAAACAACCACAUCCGUGAACGGAACAUCUCAUGCCACGGUUUCAUCGCAAAUGCUCACAUCUGCUAAGGGCCUCCCAGGAUCAGUGAGUACAGUGUCAAUUGUGACUGACACCACAGCCAUUUCAUCUGCAACUCCACAUCAGACUUCUCCAGAACCAUCAGCAAUUUCACCAAUUGUUACCGCAGAAUCUAAUGGUACAUCAACUAUUGAAACCACCAUAGCAGCCAGCCCCAAUGCUACUACCGAUAGAGCAACCGUGUCUACCACAAUAUCGCAUAGCGUUGUAACUUCCACUUCGGUCAAUGAAACUACCUUGACAGAGAGCACUCAAAGGCCAUCAGUGACCGGGCCUAUUUCAGCUGUAACCCCAGAAACAAGCCCGCAAUAUACAGCAAAUGUGACUGGGUCAUCCACCAGCAUGCCCCUCAAUACCUCUAUGACGUCAGAGCUACCGUUUUUAUCAACAACUCCGAGUGAAAUCUCUACAGUCACGAUGUCAAUAACAACCGGCAUUGUAAAUCAUACCUCAUCGUUCGUGUCAACUGGUGGGUCUCAUCUCACUACUGCAUCUCAAAACAAUGACACUGAGACCAGUACCCAUUCUUUAACAUCAUUUCAAACACCGAAGGUUAACUCUACUUCCAGUCCCACAACAGAGACAUCAGUAAUGUCUGAAACCACAGUACAAUCGAACAACACCACAUCCGCUUUGAACAUAAGUGCAACGACAUCGCCAUCACAUGAGACUACCAAUCCUGUAACAGAGGGCACACUAAAAACAACGGUAAAUGCGAGUACAGCAUCGUCUAACACUCCCACGCAAUCAACAAAUGCAAGCACAUCAACAGACUCAAACAAUGCUACAAGCGCUUCCCCGCACACCACCAUGAAUACAACUGCAACACCGGAUACAUCAUCGCAACCGAGCAGUGUUACCAGCACUCCAUUCGAGGCCACUGUGACUACAACCAUGAUGCCUGAGACUACGGAGCUCCUCAACAACAGCACGACUCACGUGACAUCUGGAGCGGUAGAAUCGUCGAAUAGCACCACGCAGUCGACAAGCGUGAGCGCGCUAACGCAGCCGAUCAAUGCUACGAGCACUGCAACACCUGGUACGUCAUCACAAGCAAGCAGUGUUACCAGCUCGCCCACGGUCACAUCAAUGAAUACAACUAUGAUGGCUGAGACCACGGAGUCAAGGAACAACACCGCAUCUCACACGACCUCUGGGACAACACACUCGUCGACCAACACCACCACUCCUGCCACGACGAUGAGUCCAUCUUCACCAUCAAACUCCACUGCCAGCCAAGUAACAGGAACGACAUCAAAUAGUACCACAAUGAUGUCCACGGAAUCGUGGGCCACCACCACACCUACAGUAAAUAUAAGCGCAGCCACAUCCCAAGCAAAUCUCACGGCAAGCACGGUGAUGUCUGAGACGACAAUUUCCUGGAAUAAUGCCACGUCCAGUAUCAAUGUCACCCAAGCAACAACACAACUGUCCACAAGCCACACAGGAUCUGCCUCCACCAACCAUCCAAAUAAUACGACGGCGUUUUCUUCCACAGAAGGGUCUUCAGUUACUUCUCCUCACAAUGUGUCAACUCCAAAUGUUCCGACAUAUUCCACUAAUGAUACGUCCACUGCGGUUGCAACCCCAUCUCAGGGUACGAGCACAACACAUGUUUCGACAACCAGCUCUGGCAUCAAUGAGAGUACCACUACUGCCUCACUCAGUAGCAGUACUGUGGUUCCAGUCAAUUCCACCACAAUGGCUGUGACCACAUCUCCAGGGUCAGAAAAUUCUACAGUGACAACUGCUUCAGCGACCACAGCCACAGAAACAUUUCAUACGGCAAGUGGUAGUGCUCCUACCUCAUCUACAACAAUGUCCACGAACGCGACCAGCCCUUCUACGAACAUGACCAGUUCGUCUUCCGCUACGAUGUCACCUACUCUGUCAGCAGCAACUCCGAAUGGGACGGCAAGCUCAGCAUCGACCGGAGUCUCAACAGAUGUGCCUAGCAUGUCAACACUGGCACCACCAGCAUUCCCAACGUUUAACCUUACAUUUAAGAUUAUGAACGAAAUAUUUAACGAAUCCUUAAACGACAAGACAUCCAAUGAUUUUCAGAUGUUGUCAAAAGUAAUCAUCGAUGAGAUAGACAAUAUCUACAAAAGCAGCUCUUUAAAGGAUUCAUACAGGAGCACGACAGUGGAACGAUUUUCGAAAGGAUCAAUUGAUGCAGAAACCAGGGUGGUGUUUUCCAACAACCCAGUUGUCAAUAAUAUGGGAGUUCUAGACACAUUUAAGCAAGGACUAAAGGACAGUCAGCUUGGUCAUUUACAAGUCAGCCCCGAUAGCAUCAAAGUGACUGAUGUAAAUUCUGGGACGCAAACGACAAGCACACCGACGACAAGCGCUCCGAACUUGUUCCCAGACUGGGGCAUCGCUCUCAUCGUCAUGACGAGUCUGAUCCUCUUCAUCAACAUAUUCCUUUUCAUCGGCUGUAUGAUCUACUUUUGCCGGCGCUGUAAAUGUUUUGGCCGGAACAGCAGCUACUGUCCAAGUGAGCAACAAAACUCAUUCCCCAUGUACCAUUCUCAUUCCACCUUCGCCCACUCCAGAAAGCAGCACAGCUUGCCCGAGCUCUGUGAAAAUGGGACGACUGGCCUCUACUAUUCCAACUUGAACGGAGAUUCCACACUUUGAAAUGAUUAUCUCUCCGCAAACGACGCUGGGGCGGGCGGGAGUGUAUCACGAGCCCUUUCAGAAUGAUGCUUUGGCAGAUGUGGGGAGGGCACAGAAUGAAAUGGAUGGAUCUCACAAUGUUGUGACAAUCCAUAAAUGUUUAUUUUUUAUGAUUGUGGAAAUACAACGUGUAACUACUGUAGUAUAGAAAUGUAUAUGUGCACAUUUUUGAAUACAGUAUCACAGCUGGUCAAUUAGAUUCAAGGCAGUUAAAUCAUAAUCUUUAUAGGUAUUGCGAUUAAAUGGUAUUAACAUUUUUAUUUCAAUCAUCUCUUGUAUUUCUGCUUGUACUUCUCAUAGUAUGUCGACUGCAGAAGUUUAUUAAGUAAAGUAUAUUGACUGCACUCCAAUAACAAAUAUGGUAUAUUCCAACAUUCACUUGUCAACGUAUAACGUUUUUCAGUGGAAAGCAAAAAUAUGACCACUAUAUAGUUAUGGGCCCAGAUUAAUAAAUUAUUUAAAAUAUAUAUCAUGACAUUAAUUUUCAAGCAAAGCUCUUUCCAAAACAUAUUUUUAAGGGAAAUGCCUUCCAAAAAGACUAGAAAAUUGUACACAUUUUAUACAAAUACAGGGUAUAUUGUUAAUAAUUUAACAAUAAGAAUCUUGAGCGAUUGUGUAUUUUGCAUUGUAAUAAUUAGUAGUAAUUAAUCAUAAUCUGAUCAGGGAAUAUACGACUUAACAUAACUGUACAAAACUAUCUAGAAUUACGUAUUAUAAAUGGUUAUACUAUUUAUACAUCGUUUCGAAUUAAGUUCUAUUGUGAACCACAUCUUUCUCCCAUUUAGUAGAUAUGAUCUGUUGCCGUUACAGAUUAAUUCAGUGCUGGGUACCAUAACAAAUACAUGGCAAGUGUAUCCUGGAAAUUUAGUAUUUUAUUUUAAUCUUUAGAUUUCAUUUUUUUAUAUAUAUUUUCAUACCUUGCUCAAGCUUGUACUGCUUCUAAAAUACAUUUUUUUUUAAAGAAUAAAUGGCAGUGGUAUUCAAGGAGAGUUCGAGACACGAAUGUAAGCUAUGUCUGUGUCAGGGUUCUGAGCCAGCAUCGCUGAGAUCCACCAUUCAAAUUCUGAGACUGCACCCACUGUGUAGGGAGAUUAAGUCUCAUCCCAGACACCAUCGCUGCACACAAAUACCCAACUGUAAAAUAUGCUUUGCUUGUACAGUGAUUGCGGUAAAGCUUAGAGCUGAGGGUUCAAUAAGUAGCUGAAUUAUGAAGUACACAAUAUAUUGGUUGGAUCAGAUAGAUCCAUGAAGGGCAGUGGCCAAAGACCUGUGAUGUCAUUGCCUGAUCAUUGCAUAAUGUUCAUUCGUUUAUUACGUUUUUGAGCACAAUGGUCAGGAUUGGACAAAGUGGCUUAUUGCUCUACUUCUGCAGUAAAUUCAAAUAAUAUUCGCUAUAGGUGUGCAUGCCAUUGCAUUAAUCGUGCAUAUAUGAAUACCUUUAAAAAGAAUCAACCAUUACUUAUUAUUUAAGAUGUGAAACUCUAACCAAUUUGGGAGAAAUCAUUACAGGAUAUGUGGUCCAUCUGAUAGUAUUUAUGUUAUUCGGGUCAUUACAAAAUAACUGAAAUUUAAACAGGUUUUAAUAUUCUUCACAUAUGUAUUGCAAUUUUGUGUCAAGAAUAUUAACUUUUCCAGCCGAUUGUACAGAAUUCGCAAUUGCUUCAGACACAACCUCUGUAAAUAAUGGGAAGAAAUUAUAUGUAACAUUUAAAACAAAAUACAUCGCAACAUAAUCGUACACCAGGACAAAAUGAUUAUCAGAUAUUCCAUUUAAAUGUGUCCCUGUAUUUAUAGAAAUAAAUAGCGUUUGCCUGAACAUAGUAACUAGUGGUCAUAGGAUAUUUUUAAGGGAUUAGGUGGUUUAAGCAACGCAACCCAUCCCUUCUUUACCCUUUACUCAUAAGAAAAGGGCAAUGAUUCAAUUUCAUCCCUUAGAUAUGUGUUUAUAUCGCUUUAAUAUACACAAGUGAUCAUACUAUGGAGAGGGCUGGCUCCUGCCAUAGAAAUGUGGAAUUUAGACCCUUUCUUCAGUGUCGCAAUGGAGACACUUUAAUUUUAACAUGCUAGUGAGAAAAGUGGUCAUGUUUCUAAAGUGAUUUUCUAUUAAAUUCACGCAACAUGCAAUGUGAUGUAUAAUUCCCUUUAAACACACAUUUUGCACUAAAAUGUAACGUAAAUUUCGUAUGAACACAUUCGCUUGAAAUCUGAUACAUUAAAUGUUUAGAAUCCCAUUUAAAAACUAUCUUUAUGCAGCAGCUUCACACCCCAAUGCCAUGUUGCAUAAAUGGACAUUUAACAAAAAAAUAUCUUCCAUACGAAUGCAUACAUUUAAUCGCUCAAUAUCAAAUGUGUCCUCAUUACACAUGGUUAGCAGAUGGGUUGCUUGCAGUCUUCCUCUCGUGCUCACCACAGAAACACAAACAAUGUAUCUAAUUUACAACACAAACAAGGCUGACAAUGCUAUAUCAAUUAAUAUAACGGCGAAAAUGACCUAAAACUCAUUCAUUUCAAGCUUGAUAGUACUAAAUUAAUUUGGCAGCGAAAUUUUGACAAAAUCCUUUGUAACAAUGCUGACAAUGCAAUAUGAAUUAAUUCAACAUUGAAAAUGCUACCUUAAUUUAAUAACAAUGGUGUCAAUAUUUGUUUUAUGAAUGUAGCAUUGAAGAUAUGACCUUAAACUGAUUAAUAACAAGGCUGAUAAUACUCUAGUAAUUAAUAUAGAAAAAGUUAUUCCAGUCCCAAAAUUUAUAACGACUAAUAUUACAAAUAAGAGUUUUAAUUAAUAUAAUUUACUACAUUGGGGUGAUUUUAGAAGGCACAACUUAUACAAUAUAACAGCCGAGUGGGAUCAUAUUUUAUCGAUUGUUUAACAAUGUAUGACAAAAUACUGUACUGCAUUACUAUACAAGCAACAAAACGUAUGCUUAGCUUCAUUUAUGUUGUUUUUCAAGCAAAAAGGUUAGUUACUGAGAAAAAUAUAUUGGGUCAUUUUAUAUUCAAAGCAGCAUCGCCAGGACAAGAUAUGCAACAACUUAGGAGUGAGAUAAUACGGGUUCUUACUUGAGACACAAAAUACAUAGGUUCGAUUCCCAGCUUGGGUAUGAAUUUAGGGGGUUUGCUUAAUUCAAAAACAGCUUUUAUUUUGCAAAUACUCACCACACACACACACACCACUAUUUAAAAGUGUCAAUUGACCCUUCAAAUAAUAUGCAAUUGUUCCCCCAUGCCUAGAGAUGUCAACUAUAUCCUUUACGGGUCAAUCACGGCCCACCGGGGCUCUGUCACCUCGGCUAAAACAUAUUCCAGAGGAAAACUAAUCUUUAUAUUAGUCGUGUGUACUAUAACAUAAAUCAAUAGUAAAGCUUAUGUUUUGACACCAAUGCUCUUUGCUCUUGAAAUUAAUAAAAAAAUGGCUCCUGUGGUUGUCUGAAUCAACAUAGUCCUAUCAACAGAACAUGUGUUAAUUGAUCUUAAUUGGGUCACAUUCUCAUGUUUGCACAGUUGUUUGGAUCGUACAAUUCAAAUUUAAAAUUUUAGCCAAAGUUGAAAGGUAUCCAGUUCUGAACUCAUCACGCUAAAAUGUUAUAUAUUUGUUUAAAUUAUUUUCACAACUUGACACGUUUGCAUGCCAGAAUUCUUAUUUUCGAAAUUUCUACUCCACAUUAGUAUCCUGCAUAUUCUCCCUUUAUAUGCUCCUUGUCUUGGUUCGGUUCUAUGCCAAAUAUAUGUAAAUGUAACACUUUUUUUUUUACUUAAAUAAUGUCAAAUACCUCCUUUCCACUGUACAACCGAGCUGGGCUGAAGCCCUGCCGAACCAGCCCUGUGCGGCCUAAGAGGCACCGUUUUGUUUUUCCACUGCAGAAUCCGAGCCGCGCUGUCAUCGUCGCAUGCAUUGAAUACGUUCAGGCGCAUGUAAAUAACGUGGCAGUAAUUUCGCCUUUGAGUUUUAAAUGGGCGAUUAAUCUUCCUCAGUUUUCUGAGCGAUGCCACACUCCUUUUGGCCCUGAUUGGCCCUGAGCCAGAUUCGGAUGUGUUGUUUGGUUCCGGAUUGGCUCUGCAAAUAGCCAGUGGAAAAACCUGGCUCAACUCAAAUCAUGGGUAACUCAAAUCUGCCAGCGGAAAAGGUAAAAAUGGGUCCUGAAAAUAAAUUGGAUUUCACCUGCUAGGGGCCAAGUAAACACACUCAAGGGGAAACGAUACGUUAAACUUCUCAGCUUUCUCUUUAGUUUUGUGCAACACCUUUACACUUGAGUAAUCAUAAGGUUCAAGAACAGUGAAAUACCCUUAAGGUGUUUAUGCAACUAAUCACAAUCCUUAAAUCUAAUCUGUAUAUCUACAUAUAAUCUGGGUGAGUCGUGUUGCAAUGGCUAUGUCGGAAUACUGAGUGAGCAUUGUUAAAAUCCUAAGUUCUAAUCUCUGGCUUUCACUCUUUUUAACAAAUUCUGAUUGUCUUAACUCGAUAACAACCAGUGGAAUUGGAAAAAUGUCAAAUAUUUUCGCACAAAGCUCCAAAGGAUACCUUGCCAGAUAAGAUAGAGACUAAAUAACUCAGUAUCCUACACAGCUGAAGUGAGUGCGGUUUGGUCGUUGUGUAAAACAGACCGUGGAAUAAUGUCAUACGCUUGUUAUGCCACUUGUGGGUUGCAACUCCCAGAUGGGACAUGAGACUGCUGUUCUAGUGUAUUUUAAAACAAAAUGUUAUUUUUCCAUUCGCAUAAACGCCAGCAGAAUACUGAAGAUGUACUGGAUGAAAAAUCCAUAUACAGUAGACUCGAUUAUCUGUGCUAAUGACUGGGCGGACGGCGGUGGAUAGUGAAAAAUUGCGGAUAUUCCAAAAUAUAUAUUUCCGUCAAUCUCAAUGCCAAAAACAACUAAUAUAGGUAUAAAUUAUGUAUAAGUUAAGAAAAUGUAGUUUGUUAAAGAGCAAAACUCAAUUUUGUAGUGAAGAAUCCACCGAUUGAUGCGUGUGCUCAGUGAUAAUAAUAUCCUGCCCACUAAGUGAAUAGCAGAGCCACGCCCAUCAACAUCAUUCAAACUCCACCCACUGUUGUAAAGAUAGGCAACUACUGUACUGUAGAGGCGAUCACGUAGAUUUUGGAUUAACCAGAGCACAUAUUUGUUCGGUUUAAGCGCGUAACUUGUAAUAAACAUUUCCAAAAAUAACAAUGUUUAACUGUUUUUAGAUGAUUAAUUUGGGCUCAAGGGACAAUCCAUGAGUUAUUAUUUUACGUCAAAAUCUCAGGUGCGUGGUUAAUCUGCAAAUCGCAUACACCACACGCAGAUAAUCGAGAUUCUACUGUAUAUAUUCUGACUCUAAAUUUAAUAUCUAGUGGAUGCAUGGUCCCCGAGUAUAAAAUGUGCAUAAACAUGUACACGGGAUAGACCGAAUUGAUGACAAUCUAUUUUGAACACAUUAACAGUAGGACAUGCACCUGAAUGAAUAUCAUUAGGUUAUGUUUUAGUCAUGUCUCCUAAUAAUUCCAAAUAAAUUGGGAAUUAUAUGCUCGUGUCAGACUGCUGCCCCUAUUGCCUGUCCUCUCACUUCAGUACGUACCCUUGACAUCUCUAAUUAUGUUACGUUAAACAACAUUACAAUUAUCUCCAUAUUAAACACAUUUCCCUCAUCGCUUACGGCCUGCCCACCCUACAUCUAAUAUGGUACAAUGUGUAAUUUUAUAUAGUACUUCCCCUUAGCUCUUAAUACCGUUUCUGUCACUUGCAUCCUGGAUUUUUUUUAUAAACGCAACACUGUGCCCCAACAUCCAUGCAAGUUUGUGUCCUAUAUCCAACCUUCAUUUUGUCAAAAAGUAUUUUAAAGAAUAUAUUUUUCCCAUUUCUCCAAAUCUCUUCCAUCAUGGUGUCUCUGAUCCAAAGGAUUACUUGCCAGAUAGGUAUAGAGUCUAUGCUAUAGACUAACCACUUCUUUUUUUUGUCUUCCACCAAGGCCAUUCUGCUCAAAUUAUUGUCUUGUGAGUGCUAAAUGCCCUUCUCUCAUCACACAUUGUAUUGCUAUCAUCCUGAGCCCUCCUCGUAAUAUAUUUACUUUUGACACCAUAGACCACUCCAUAAUCCUUAACUAUUUCAAUACUAUGUAAGAAUUUCUGGAACACUUAUCUGCUGGAUCUGCUCUCAUCUCACAAACCCCUCCUAAUGUUUCCAUAUGAGGUGUGUCUUCCGAUCAGAAAACCCCUGUGUUAUGGUAUCCCUGAUGACACCCAGCUCUACAUCACCAUUAGCUCCAUAAACCUGACAUCCCUGUCCACUUUCACAUCCUGCCUUUAGACUGGUUCUAAUUUUAUCCAGCUAAAUGUUGCCAAACGAAGUUACUCCUCACACAAAGUGUGAAACUCCCUUUCCCCUGCCAUCCAUGCUGUUGACUCACUGCCCCUGUUCAAGUACAGGCUCAAGACCUUCCUUUUCUCCUCUGUCUAUGACUGCCUCGUUAUAAAAUCAAUAGGCCCAUUGUUUUUCCAUAGCAUCUUGAGACGCAGUCAUAAUUAAAUGCGACAUGAAUCUAAAUUGUAUUUAUGCAUGUUUUUUGGCAUAAUGAAAAUUAAUAGAUAUUUGUUUGUACAUACCAUGUACAUUGUUUUAAACAUGGGACGUGUUAUUAUUUUUUAUUAAUUAUUUGAUCUGUCUACGUGGCUUUACCAAAAGACCCAAAGAAUAUGGUAUAUUAACCAACUCAUUCCAUUGUAUAGUCUACAUAAGGUUGUAAACUCCAAUGAAAAACGUGUUUGAAUGUUAUAGAUGUGGGCUAUCUGAUUAAUUCAGAAUCCUUUAACUGGAUGAACAAACUUUAAUAUCGGUUUCCCAUGCUUUCCCGCUGAAUGGGAGGUUAUGGGCAGGGAAUGGUGACAUUGGCAUCAUCAGCCACGUUGGUAAUGCUGGGCAUGGCCUACAUGGCAUCUCCCACCAUCAGAAGAAGGAUGUGGGGGUGACCCAACUAACCCACCGAAAAAAUGGGUAAUUUACAAUGAUAAAUCUUAGUCCAUUAAUCCACUUUCCAAACCACUGCAGGUCAAAAUGUGCCAUGAGUUCCAGUACUCAUUCCCAUGAAGGUCCUGCUUUUGGUAUGUUUGGUCACUUUCCUGUUUGAGCUUUCUUGUUGCAUGUGGAAGGAAACUCGCGCUCAAACACACUUGCUUUCCUGCACUCCACAAGAACUCCAUUUCCUCACUUCAUCAAAGGUGGGUGUCUCAUUUCCAUGCAGACAUCCACAACUGUAAUGGAUUACAGGCUGCGCCAUCACACCAGGAUAAUAUGGAGUUGACCGUUUCUUUGACGUUUCCUUAACCCUUCUGCAUUGCCCAAAAUAGUUUUGCUACAAGAGCGAUGGCAUCCAAAAGCUGAAACUUAACUGUGGGGAGGUUUUUUGCAAAUAAUGAAUUGUCUUAAUAUUAUGAUUAUUUAUUUUGGGGGAAAUUCAGUAAUGUUAUAAUUAUUCAUGUAAAGGAGCAGUGUUAUAACGAAAACUGAGCUUUUUCACAGAUUACGAUCGGCCACAUGUGAUCAUUUGUCCACCAUAGAUGUAGCUGUCAUAACCUUGUGUGGCAUACCACUAGAACUUUGUUUUUUUUAUCAAGAUAAGACUUUCACUCAAAAGCUGGGAAAUUACCUAUGAAGCUACAGUGCUAGCUUAAGGAUGCUAUCCCAUUUGUUUUCAGAAUAGUCAGCAUCAAAAAUGUAUAUUUAGAAAAACAAACAUCUUUAAUUGCAAAUAUUGAUUAACUUAGGCAUUUUUGUAAAAAAUCAAGAAUAGUUAACUUCGUUGGUAACACUGACUAAAAAUCCUCACCAGUGAUAUUAACACUACAUAAAAAAUAAGUAAAUAUUUUUCAUGUCAAUGUUUGAGACAAUGACCAUGCUUUAUAACGCACACAAAGGAUACUCAGAAUACUUUGACUGACGUAGGAGAGUGCAUUAUGCAUUGCGUUAUUUCAAAAUUGUUGCUUUCAAAUACGCUACACAAAUAAUAGACAGAAGCCAAUGCAAUUUCCUUUCACUGGACCUAAAUAUUAAUACCGCCUGCCAACUGAAGGACAAGAGACAGGGCUUCAGUUGUAUUAGCAUAAGACUCGUCAAUUCUCGCUGCAACCAUCUCCAAAGAACCACCCUCUCUACAUCUUGCAUAACUGUUGAUGCACACCUUUAUAUGAGACACCAGUAAUGCCAGGUGACACUUUUGUGAGGAAUGUAUUUAUUGUGUCCAAUUAGCCUACCUUAAAGACAGUCUAAAUCAGUCUGCCAGCGAUGGUCAUGGUCCGAAUUACAUGUCUAGGUGAAGUCAAUAUAUUGUUUGGUGGAAAUAAGCUAUUAAGGAGAGCUGGGAGCUUGUUUCCAAGGAAGAUGCUGACUACCUUGCAAUAUUGAACAAAACAAUUAUAAAAUAUGGGUAGAAAAUGUUGCAUUCUUCGCAUGAAUGUGCAGGGUUACACUAAUUUUUUUUGUUUAAUUCCAAUCACCACAUUCACAAUACAAGCCACUAAUCUAGCUUAUGCAAUUCUCAAAUAUCAAUGACUGCCCAUUUUUUGCCAGACAAUAUAUACAAAAAAAUCUAAACGUCAGUAAAAAUGUUCUGGUUAUUAUCACUCAUGUAAUAAUAGUCCAUUGCAUAAGAUAUCAAAGGGAUUUUUUCUGAUAAAGACAAUGUUACCUUUUUCGGUGGUGAGGUUUUUCUCUCUCUGUGUGUUUAAGUCCAUUGUUUUAAUUACACCACAUUGUAAAAUGUAAAAAGUGUGUUAUGUUCACAGUGAAGAAACGAAGUCAUAAAUUGCCAUUUUGACCCUCAUUUAUGUUGUAUACCUUUGCUUUAUAGCACAUGUACAGAAUAUGAAUAUUUGUAAAUUUAAUUUUGGCUGUCCUGUUGAUGAACAAAUGAAGCAUUUGUGUUGAUGCUGAACGUGUGUACUCGGGCACGUGUUCGAAGGGGAUUAGUUGUCGACCUUUGGCUGAUUUGUGGUUGGUGGAACGAGGUGAAUGGGGGCCAAAGUUAAGGAAAGUCUUCUCUUAUUUCAGAAAGGUGAAGUGAAAUAUAAUCAGUAUACACAAUAUUGUCCAGCAUUUGUGUAUGCGUAAAGCUUUGAGCUUGAUAUUUCAUAAUUGCUUAUACAUUUGUAACCAAUAAAGUACUGUCGCUCUCA